GAUGUAGCGUCCAUGCUGAGUGUUAGAGGAGUGAACAUGGCAAUGCAGAGUGCCGGGGAUACCUUGAAUAAACAAUUCAGACAAGCGACUGACUGCAGGACUCAAGAGCAGCAGAAAGCGCACAUAUGGGGAAUAGACGCGUUCAGUCUCAUUCCCUUGUCCGUUUAUUACAACUGAAUUGAUCGUAAAGAGAAAUAUCACGUGCAUGUUCGCGACUAGUUCCUAAUGCAGCAUUAUUUUCAACGGGAAUCUCUUCUUUCAGCAUAUGAACAGGACUACCAUCAACUAACCCCGUGGACAGAAUUACUGGAUGUAAAUGGUGGUUAUCAUAAUCCUGGAGCUUUGGAGUACACAUCUUCUGCCAUGAAAUCUAGUGAGCCUGACUACACGAUGAUCCUGUACACUUUUUAACAGUCUUGCUUAGUCUCCCGAAUGGAGGAAUGGCCUGCGAAGAUACAUUAGGCCCUUUGUUUACAUAAAAAAACAAAGUUUGGAAGCUGAAAACUGUAAAGUCUGUUGACAGCGAGUAACAGAACAAUUUUCCCCUCUAUUGUGGUAACCAACCAUACAAGGGACUAUAGUAUUGAACAUGACUCAUGGGGAAGAGCCUGGCCCUGAAACGCACCAGGAUUCUGCUGUAUUAACAUAUCUGGAAGGCUUACUCAUGCAUCAGGUAGCAGGAGGACAGGGUGCCGCAGCAACACAAAGUGGCAGCCAGGAGCAGAGGAAUAAAGAGGGGAGAGGGCAUGCACAGUCUAAUCACGGCACUCAACAGGAACAGAACCGGACAAAUUCCCACUGUGGAGCUUCACAGCACCUCAGAAAGGCUCGUCUGCUUAGUUCAGAGGCUUGGACAGACAGUGAGAGUCAAAAGAGGUCAGCACCUCCUGUUGCACUCAAUGGGCAAAAUGAAGAGCGUCACAGUGGUCAGAAUGGAUCCUCUCUGGAUAAAGGAGAGAGUACGCUGCUAGCCAGUUUGCUCCAAUCGUUCAGUUCCCGACUUCAAAAUGUGGCCCUGCCACAGCAGAUUAUCCAAGGCUUGAGGCCACAAGACACCUCCUGUCAAAUAAGCAAGCCUUUACAAGAGGAAAGGCCAGAUGGGCCUUGCCACCGACCUGCCUCAAGCCACCUUAAGGGGUUAGUAAGCAAGAGCAAAAUGACUAACCACAGCAACAGUGUGCCUUAUCAACGUAGACGAUCUAGCCUGAAAGUUUCCGAAAGUUUUUCACAAUCUCCUAAAGCCCUAAAGAGUAGUACACCUUCCCCAUCCCCGGAAUCUCUGUCUUGUACUGAACGCCUUAAAGCUGUGGCAAACCUGGUAAAUAUCAGAUCAAGUCCUGCUCCAUCGCCCAAACCGAGUGUUGCCUGCAGUCAGCUGGCUCUUUUGCUCUCCAGUGAAGCUCACCUGCAGCAGUACUCACGAGAGCAUGCCCUAAAAGCCCAACUCUCUGGGCGAUUGGCCAGUGAAAGACUUUCAGCCAUGGCCACACAGCAAAUUCAAGAUAAGAAACAACCAGCCACUUCCGGUCAGACUCAUGGGCUAAGCCUCUUACACAAUCAGAAUGGAAUACCAUCACAAAUGUCGAUAAGCUCCAGCAGUCAAAGUCCAAGCCUUGUUUCAGGGCAAAGAAGGGCAGAAGGUUCCAUGCGAACAAGUGAUCGCUUUAGGGAGCGUCGACCCUUUGAGAAACCGGGCAGACCUUCACAGAACUGCAGUAGUCUCCUUCUUCAACUUCUUAACAGUCACAACACAUCACAGCAAAUUAAUGGACAGGGUCACUUGAAAGAUGAACUCAGCACCUUUGGAACUCUAAGCUCUCCUCUUUUUUCAGACAGCGAGCACUCAAACCCUGACAGCAGUUUCACAAAAGACAGCAGUGAUGCUGAGAGCACGUACUCUAGUUGCUCUCCUAUUGAUCUGUCUCUGAAGACAAGAAUGCAUAUACAAACACCUGUAUCUACUUCCUCCUCACCUGCACCGGAAAAGAUCCCAGAGUGUUCAUUAAACAGGUGGAAGCCUGAUAGUCUACCUGUCAAAGUUAACAUGGAUCACAGGGAGGUGGAUGCCUGUUCUGAGAUGAAGCCUCAUCAUAAGGUCACUCUACUACAGUUGCUAUUGGAUCAUAAAAAUAACGAGAGGGUAAACAAAAGUCUGGAUAAUCCAGAUUUGCAGCAAUCUGUAAUCCCUAAUGUCACUAGCGCAUUAACAAGUAGCCAAAGUGUUUUCAGUACAGCUAGGUGUAAGGAAACAAGUGAACUUAAUUCACACUGUGGAUUGAAUUGUAGAAGUCCCAAACUCUUGCCAACAUAUGCUCAAAGUAGAGACUCAAAUAGCAGUGUAUCUCCGUAUACUGUUUACGGGUCUCCCCAUUCACAGUCUGUCCCCUUGGAUCUUUGUAAAACUAAACAACCUUCAAGUGAAGUAAAAGAACCUGCCUUUAGUGCUAGUAAACUGUUACAGAAUUUAGCUCAGUGUGGAAAACAAAACCCAACCAUUUCUUCUCCUGUAAAGACACCUUUACCCCCCGUCAAACUCAUGACCCAAGAAAUGAAAGUUAACCAUCCUACAACUUUACUGGAGCGGCUCACAGCACCAAUUCAGAGAAAUGACAAGUCAUUGUGGGAUGAGACGAAGACAAAAACUUUACCCGUGCCUGAGGCAGUUCAGCAUGUCUCAGAGAUUGAGAAUCUGCUUGAAAGGCGUACAGUUUUACAGCUUCUUUUAGGGAAUGCUCCUCCAAAAGAAAAAUUAGGCAGUAAAAGAAAAAGAGAUCAUGGUAGGAGCAAUGCCAUAGACAAACAGACAAGUCAGGCAGUAGGCCAAAGUACAUCAAAUGAACCUUCUUUAGACAUUUCAAUCAAAACUGAGCCAUUAGAAGAGGGUCAAACAUUCAACUACAUCAAGCAUUGCCAGAAUUUAGUAGGAGAGCCUGGAAAAAGCACCAGUUAUAAUUCCCAUGGAAACAUUAAGCAGGAACCACUUUCCCCAGAGGCUGCCCACGGAGAUGGUAUUCUUUGUCAUCUCCUAAAAAAACGGGCCAACAAAUCCCUUCUGCCAAACAAAGUAGAUGACCUAAACAAGGGUUGUGUUAAAGAAGAAUCAGUAGAAUUCCAGGGACCAACAAUCCCAAAAAAGCGAAAAUUUUUAAAGGAACUAGAAGACAGUGAUUCUUCAAGUCAGCAUAAUGGGGACUUGGAAUGCUCUGGUGGGAUAAACGACAACAGUGUUUGUUCUGCUGCUGGACAUCAAGAGACCAGUGUCCCAUCUAGUCCUCCAGAGGCAGACAGUCCACCCGCUAGGUUUCCACCAUAUGAGUCUAACGAAAAUCGAGGUUUCAAUGUUUUAAAGCAGCUGCUUCUUUCAGACAACUGCUUAAAGGAGUUGUCUCAGCCAAGGGGUACAUUCAGUUCACCAUCACAUACUGUGCUUAAUGGAAAUACAAUCAAGCAGCCGUGUAAUGAUGGCGAGGUCCAGAACUUUCACCAGAGCGUAAGCCCCAACAAUGUUAUUUUUAAAAGGCCAAGCAUGCACAGACCAGAAUCUCCCCAUGUUACACAGCAUGAACUCUCAAAGUCCAAUAUCGAUUACACCACAAUAAAAGAUUUGAAGGGUGCUACAAGGAUGGUUAACGAAGAUGAUCAGACACAAACGUAUAAAGCAGACUUGCCUCGGUUUACCAAGACUAACCCUAUUUUGUACUAUAUGCUCCAGAGGAGUAAUGCACAUCUAGUUAAAGAGGGCAAGGAGCUGGAUGUAGGAACAGGACAAAUUCAGACAAAGGUCAAGAACGGGUCCUCAGGUGAUAGCGAGGCCUUUGAACUUUAAAACUAGAAUUAACACUUGUAAGUUGUGACUCACCACGGCUAAACGGGUCUUUGAAGAAAUGCUAGUUAUGAGACUGUGAACCAUCAGCUGUGCUUGGACUAGAAAUGUGCUUCUCCUUGAUUGAUGCUUUGUUUUCCAAUUGAGCCAUCAAGCAUUUUCUACUUUUUAAUUUCAGUAACUUUGCAAAAAUACCAUGAAACCAAGCACUGCUUUAUGGUUGUUUUCUUUCUCAUGUUUUACCCGACAAAAGAAAACGUUUUUUAUGAAAGGUGUGUGACAGAUUUGCCCUCGUGUAUUCGUAACAGUAUCAGUUCCCACUCCAUUUUCCACACAUGGGUAGACGUUUGGCCUCAGGCAGCAAAUUAUGAUGCACAUGAUGUAUAAACAGAUUGUGCCUCAGCAUAUGUGGGUAAAUAUUCUUUAAUUUACAAGGUUGGAGCUGGAAAAAGAACCAUAUAUUGUUACUUUAUCUCUGCCAGAAUGGUUUUAAAUGUCACUAUUUAUACAAACACUCAAAGAAAUGAAAUCCGUUGCCUUUUCAUAAAAAAAGAGAGGUUUGGGUUCUGGUAAUAUUUAAAAAAGAUAUUUGAAUAACAUGAAUCCAUCAGUAUUAAAACAUGCUAUCUUGAUAUCUGUAUGGUAUGUGAAGUGUGUAUUCUUUCUUAUUGAUGUUUUUUUUUUUCAUUUCUCUCGCAUUAAAAACAAUGCGGUAAUGUGCUUUUAUUCUUUCUUCUGCUUCUUAGCAUUUACUUCUUUCAAGAUGGUAAUUGAUUUUUACGAUACACCUAGAAUAUGAUGAAUGGACCUAAUGAAAAAGUUACUACAAAUGACUGCUUUUUGCUCAUCUCUUUUGUAUUCGUGUAUUUAUGAACAGGUCUUGGUAUAAGCAUGUGUCAUAUGAUGUUUGUUAUAUUAUGCGAGAGAUUGUUGCAUCGACUUGAGACAAAUCAACCCCAUCACAGCUGUCCAUCACAAUGAGAGGAGCGUUAUUUAGGCCAUUGCCACAAAAACAUGUUUGCUAAUGUGACGUUUUACAGUCUUACGUUAAACAUGAUAACAUCAUGUUAUUUUUCGUUCACCUUAAUAAACUAUAUUUAUGUACAUAGCAUACUCUUUAUGAAAGACGCUAUUUUGUAUGAAUGAAAAGAGAAGCAUUUUAGUUUUGAAAUUUCUUAAAGAGACUUCAAAGUAAAUGCCAUGUAAAAUAUAUGUACAUACUAUAGAGGAUGAUUUUCGUCCUUCUUUUGCAUGUGUCUCCUGAUGAAACUAUGAUAAUCUGUUCUGCAAUAUCUUGUGUUAUGUCGGAUAUUUAAGAGUACACUGCUGCCUGUUGCAUGCAGAUGCAUGAGAAGGUUCCUAUGUAUUACUGGACAUGGGAAAAUUCAAAGUCUUAAACAUAUAUAAAUAUAUAUAUUUUGUCAUGGAGCCCAAUACAUAAAAUGUGAUCUGUAUGUUUGUCAUGAGAAAUAGACCGCUGGGCAAAAACGUUUGAACUUUUGAACAAAUGUGCAUAUGAAGAUAUUUUGUUUUUACACAAUUUUAUUUUUUACAAGGAGAAAACCAAACAGGUAAACAAUCAUGUACUGUACAGUACACAGGUGGAUAACGCUGAAGACCUACAUCGGUUUUAAUAUUGUUUCCAUGCAUAUUGAGUAUAACUGUGUAUCAUUAUUUCUAAAAAUGCAUUUCAUUUGGGUGUUCACUUGCACAGAUUUCGAAUAAAGGUCUAAAAUGCACAAUCAGAA